AUCCCUGGAAACACAAGAAAAAGAGGCCGCAGAAAGGAGGAGGAGGAGACCAGAGACCAACCAAGGGUAGCACAGCACAGCAGGGAGGAGCACUAGCAGCUGACCUGCUGCUCCCCUCCCCCUUCCCCUCCCCCUUCCCCUCCCUCUCCCUCCCCCUUGCAGGCAGAAGCAGGAGGCAGCAGCUGCAGCUGCAGCUUCGCAGCACAUAGAUACCUAUUAUAUAUAUAUGGCGGCCGUCAUGGAUUUGGAUCUCAACUGCCCGCCGCCGCCGCCGGAGCCCGCCGCCCAGGACGACCUCAGGUGCUCAACUCUCCGCCAACAACUCUUCUUCCGCGAUCAGGUCAAGGACUUGCACAGCCUGUAUUGGUCUAGGAACAAUCUCAUGGAUGUGCCGCCCUUCCGGAACCACUCCUCCGAUGCUCUGCCGUAUGCUCACCAUCCUUCUCACAUGGUGGAUUUGGGUGCCACACACAAUCCAGGUGUUUUCCGCCAUUGUCAUGACCUAGGCAACCAAGCCCCCCGAUGCCGCGACGAGAUCACAUGGGAGAAUUUGGAUGUCAAGGGUUCCAUUCUAAGAAAACCUAACCCUUGUAGUGCGCAGGGGAGGUCCACUCACCACCGUCUCAUCGAUUUAGAGAAACCGGCAGCAUUGGAUGACGAUGUGGAGAUUGUUUCUUCCACAGCCUUCACCAGCUACGCUAACCACAAUGUUGGUCUUUUCAAUAAUUCACAAUCUCUCCCACUUGAAAGCUCUCCAUUGGUGCGCGAUCGAUUAUGCAGUGCUCCGUAUAUUACUUCUGGUUUAGCUGGUUCUAGUGAUUCUCCAGACAGUUCUCCACCUGUGAGAGCAAAGGAUGGUGUUUCUGGACGCAUGUGUAUCGACCUGAAUGUAGCCCAGGAAGAUGAUUCUAAUAUUUGCCCUGAACCCUCCAUAGCGUCGUGUUCUCUUGUGGCCAGUUCCGCUACAAGACACUCUGGAGAUUUUAGCAACAACUCAAGAAAAACAUUCCUCAAAGGAAGUGAAUCUAGCAUCGGAUCAUCAAAGGGAUCCUCCGUAACAGUUGUUACAACUAUCUCUCCUCCAUAUAGCUCAAUGGAAGUGAUGGCUGCAGGUGUAUUUCGUGAUACCACUCAGAGCCACAAGCCUCUCCUAGUGGAAGCUUCAAAAUGCAGUCCAAUUCCCAUAAGAAAUAUCCAUCAUCAACAUGCAGAACAUACGAUUUCUGGAUUGGAUUCUCAGGGUUGGAUGGAAAUACCGCGGACAGUAUCCUCAGUCUUAUCCAAUGGUGAAAAUAAUUCUUCUUUAGGUUUACCUAAGUUAGGAGGCAGCCAAGCAACCAAUUUAAUGGGACAACCGGCUAUUGCUGUGCAUAGGGAGCUCCAAGAGGAGAAUAUAACAGUAAUAUCCGAUGAUGCAGUGGAAGACUUUGACUUAAACGUAACGGUUGAGAUCAUUGAUUUUCCAUCAAAGGUAACAACUGCCUGUGCCAGAAGCAAACCUGUAAAUAAUGAUAGAAGUGAAGAGAACUCAUCCAACCAAUAUGCUACUCAGAAUGAGGUUAGACAAAAUGUUCCUUCUGUUGAAUGUGCAACUAUUAGAGACCAGCACAUGGUUGAGAGUAGGGCCGGUGAGGAUGUACAGUCUCCAAGAUGUGGGAUCACAACUGACAGGUGUGUCUUUAUCCCGGAAGGUCGUGACUAUGCUAGUCCAAGGUUGAGAUCAUCAAAUAUUGGAGUAUCGCUUCCGCCUGAAGCUGUCAGCAUUCAUGACGCGGAGGUGGGAGAGGAUGAGAAAAAUGCUGCUAUGGCAGCUGAUACACUUGUUUCCAUAUUCACGGCGAAUUCUGCAUGGAUGACAGACAGCCAUGGAAGCAACAGCCAAACAGAUGGUGGGGAUGGAAGACAUGAACCCGCACCUUCGAUGAAUUCCUUCGAAGAGAGCAUACUGGGCCUGGAGGAUAUGAUGAGAGACGAUGGGGAAUCAAUCGGAGUGAGACCACCUGAUAAGGAUGGUGUUUCCUGCGGGAUUAAGCUGAAGAGAGGGAGGGGGCUGAGAGAUUUCCAAAGGGAGAUCUUGCCCGGGCUUGUGUCUCUGGCAAGGCACGAGAUAUGUGACGACUUGCAUGCCAUAGGGUACGAGAUGAGAAAAACCCGGCCGAGAAGAAGCUUCGGUGAUGGGGGUACUCCUCCAACGCGAACAAGAUUGUCAAGGCGUUGUUCUACAGCAUGGAACCGCGAUGUGUAGCGCAAAGGAAGUGGAGUUUGAAGAGGGACAAGCACACCUAGCUAGCGUUGUGAAUAUUUGCUGCAUAUGUAGUAAGCAGAGGCGGCCGGAAAGCAGUUAAAGGUGGUGAAUCAGUAGGCAUUUGAUUGGAGAGAUUUGUUUUGACUAAUCUGCAAGCUUGAAGACAGUAGAUGUAUGAAUUAGGAGCUGCACUGCACGUUUGAAUUUGAAUGUGGUAGCUAGAGCUGGCCUCUUUCUUUCUUUUUUUUCCUGUCAUGUACUCCACUAGUGUAGAACAAAAUAAAAUAGAGGUGGUGGAUGUGCAUUCGAAUGCGAUGAAUGGCUUAUAUAGAAUAGAUAUAUAAUACAAAGCAGGUUGGGUUCCUGUCA